AGAAUCAGUUUCAACACCACUUGGUAUAACACAAAUAAAAGAUGAUAAAGAAGAAAAUCCAUUAUUAGCAACUAUGUACACAUCUUCUAUACAAGAUUCUGAAACUAAUAAAGAAAUUCAAAUUUAUCUUGCAUUUCCAAAAAUUUUGA